AAGACCGUUAUGACUUGGACCGUUAUGACCAUUAAAUCAACAUCCGCUUGAAAUCGGCAUGAGUUGAAAACUACAUCUUUUAGAGACAUUUCUUGAAAAGUAUAGCAAUGGACGCAAAACGAAAAGCGAUGGACGGGGCAUUAGUUCCAGCAAAACGUCCUAGAAAUGAAUUGGUAGCUGUUAACGAAAGAGAUGGUGCACUUUUACAAAGCGGAAUGCAGAGACUCUCAAAUCUAGAGGCGCCUAUAAUGCUGUUGACUGGCCAUGAAGGAGAUAUUUUCUGUACCAAGUUCUCCCCGGAUGGAAAGAUGCUGGCGUCAGCAGGCUUUGAUAGACUUAUAUAUUUCUGGAACGUGUAUGGGGAAUGCGAAAACUUUGCAGUGUUAAAAGGCCACACUGGUGCCAUCAUGGAAAUUCAGUUUUCCACAGAUGGGACAUCAUUGAUAUCAGCAGCCACAGACAAGACCAUGUCAUUAUGGGACGUAGAUGUGGGAACGAGAAUUAAGAAGUUCAAAGGUCACAAUGGCUUUGUCAACUGUUGCAGUAUUGCAAGGCGAGGACCACAGCUUGUUUGCAGUGGCAGUGAUGACCAAACUAUAAAACUCUGGGACUGCAGAAAGAAAGGUGUCCUUCAGACAUUCCAGAACACAUACCAAGUCACAUCGAUAACGUUCUCGGAUACCUCUGAACAGAUAUUCUCUGGGGGAAUAGACAAUGACAUAAAGGUCUGGGAUCUUCGUAAGAAUGAUGUUCUCUACCGUAUGCGAGGCCACGCAGACACAGUCACUGGCAUGCAUCUUUCUCCAGAUGGAUCAUACCUUCUCACAAACUCCAUGGAUAAUACUGUUCGUAUUUGGGAUGUACGUCCAUUUGCCCCACAAGAGCGAUGUGUGAAAAUUAUGCAGGGUCAUCAACACACAUUUGAAAAGAACCUGUUGCGUUGUGCCUGGGCACCAGAUGGCAGCAAGGUUGGGGCGGGCUCCGGGGACCGGUUUGUGUACAUCUGGGACACCACGUCCCGCAGGAUCCUCUACAAGCUACCCGGGCAUGCGGGCUCUGUGAACGAGGUCGUCUUCCACCCCGAGGAACCCAUUGUUGCCUCUUGUGGAAGUGACAAAAAGAUUUUCCUUGGAGAAAUAGAAUGAGACAAAGAGAUGCUUUACCGCAAUUUGAAGGGAGAAUCUGAUGUAUACUUGAUUGACUGAUCUCCAAACAUGUGUGUAAACCAUAAAACACAAACUGUCUAUUGUGGGUGAUGAACAUUCACAUGGAGUGUAGGAAUCUGCUCACAGUUUCAGAUUAUUUUGUAUUGUAUGAAUAAGACUUUUUGGUGGUAAUUUUGCAAAUAGACAGCCUGUGGCUGGUGAUUUGCCUCCUGACUUUUUAUAGAGAACAUUAUUAUGUACUUAUGUAUAGUGGUUUCAAUAAAUUUUGAAAACAAG